AAUCGCCAGUCGAUAGCAAAACAUGAGAGAGUGCUCAUCGCGCAGCAAUACGCGUCUACUUAGUGUGGUAAUCGUAAUCGAUCAACGUCUCAGAAUCGACACUUGUCGAUAUUUAAUCGAGAUUCUAUCUCGCCGCAUAACGGGCGACGAACGAUAGUUGGUUAGACCUGUUCCCACAUCUAUGGAGUUUCAUCUAGACAGUGCAGAAUACUGCCAGGCACAGCACAAAUAAAAAGUAAGCAAUACUACAAAAAGGCGGAGAUAGCCUAAGUGAACACGGUCACCUCUUCGAAAGUCGACAUCGAUAAGUGGUGUGGAUACGACCAUCAUCAUACCGUCAACGGAUCAGCUGACAUCGCGACAGCAGCGGCCCCAAUUAGCCAAAGACUGUCAAUCUGUGGUAGAGAACGAGGAAAACUAAAUUUUGAAGCAUCGUGGUGAUCACAGAAUUUAUCACAGGAAG